UCGCACAUUUGGGUGCGAGUGUAUCAGCAAUUUGUUGUUGAUUCCUAAACGCAUCAGUACAUGGAGUUGAUUUGAAAGCUGUGGUAGCCCAAAACACAAAACUUUAUCCUCAUUAUUCUGAGAUUGCUCAAUGAUAAUGGGAGAUUAUUUCAAAAUUAUGACGUUUUUUUGUUGUUGCUUUUGUUUAUCAGUGUGGCAGGUGAGCUUCCAGCCCAAUCCGAACCUGUGGAGGGGAAAUUGUGCUAUGUUGAGGGUUUAGUUGAACGGUCAUGUAAAAACCAGCUCAGAGCAGCAACUCUGACCUGGAAAUGAAACGGGACUUUCCUCCUGGACUUAAAGGUUGGGUUUCUGAACCCGGACCUGCCUACAAAUCUCUUCACGGUAUCAGUCGCAUGAAGGACCGUCUCAGUUCAACUGUGACGGAUCCACCGGAAACGUGACUGAAGCUGCUGUGUGUUGUCUAUUUGCAGCUGAUAUCAACCGAACCGAACCGAACCGAACAUGGAGAUUUCAUUUUUAGGCAAACAGGCGCUGGUUACAGGAGCAGGAAAAGGUGGGAAUAAUCCUCAGAGGACCGGUGUUGACGGUAACACCGGCAUGCAGAGCGGGUUCAGUUCUGUGUUUAUGCGGAAGUUGUCUCUCAUUCCAGUGUUUUUAAUAACUUUAUCUCACCAUUACCAUCAGGAUUGUCCAGCCAUCAUCCCAGUGUGUGUGGACCUGGCGGACUGGGCCGCCACCGAGGCUGCCUUGAAGGAUGUCGGCCCCAUUGAUCUGCUGGUGAACAAUGCCGCCUGCACCAAACUGCAGCCGUUCCUGGAGGUCACGCCUGACCAGUUUGAUCUGCUGUUUAACGUGAAUGUGAAAGCUGUGCUACACGUUUCUCAGAUGGUGGCUGGUGGGAUGAAGACCAGAGGGUCGGGUGGCUCCAUCGUCAACGUGUCCAGCCAGGCGUCUCAGCGCGCCCUGAGGGAUCACACUGUUUACUGUACCACUAAAGGGGCCCUGGACAUGCUGACCAAAGUGAUGGCCCUAGAGCUCGGACCCCAUCAGAUACGUGUGAACAGCGUCAACCCUACAGUUGUUAUGACAAAGAUGGGUCGCCUGGGCUGGAGUAAUCCGGAAAAAGCCCAGACCAUGAAGUCCCGCAUCCCCCUGGGCCGCUUCGCAGAGGAGGAGGACGUGGUGAAUAGCAUCUUGUUCCUGCUGAGUGAGAAGAGCAGCAUGAUUAACGGAGUGGCCCUGCCAGUGGACGGAGGCCACCUGGCCUGCUGAACAUCACCAGGACUUCCAGCUGAUCAGAGGCAGACAUGCUGACAGCUCAGGGUUUUAUUUGGACAUUCAGAUGUUCCAAAAUAAAUGGGUUUAUUGUUGUUUAAUCAUUUUUCUUACCUUUUCUGUGGGGUUCUGAACAUCAAAAAAUUACAUCCAAGGUGUAGAUGUAGAUCUCAGUGAAAUAAAAGCAUAAAAAACA